AUGGAAAUGUACAACAUUCUCAAGAUCUUAUUGCUUCUAUCAACUACAAAUCAUGCUUUAAGUCUUUGUUAUACCAAUCACUGCCAUCAUUUGUGUCCUUCAGGAAAGUUUGAAUGCUUAAGUCAUAGCACUACUGAUAAUCAUGGUUGUCUUUGUUAUCCUGCAGACUUUUGUGACAAUACAGAUUACCCUUGUUCACCCUUACACUGUCCGCAUAAUGAACUGACAAGAUGUAACGGGCAUAACAAAUGUGAGUGCUACUGCAGCCAGGACAGUCAUUGUCAAAACUGUCCAGAGCAAGGUUUCUGUAUUAACGAACAAUGUGUCUGUGAGUCUAAUAACUAUUGCCCUGGAGGAAAUCAAUAUUAUUGUCUCAAAAAUUUCCACUGCCUGCAUGACGAAUCAAAGAGGUGCAAUUCGAAUGACAGAUGCGAGUGUUUUUGCAAUCAAGACAGUGAAUGUAAAAACUGCCCCGAAAAGGGAUUUUGUGUUGAUGGCCAAUGCGUUUGCGAGAGUCAUGAUUACUGCCCAAAAGAAAAUCAUUUAUACUGUGCGUAUCUAGAUGCAACAUGUACCACGGGGUUUACUGCUAAGUGUAAUGGAUUUAAUCAUUGCUAUUGUGCGUAUGUCCCUGAUACCUGCUCUGGACACGAUGUGACUAAAUGUUUCCAUCUGAGAUGUAGACCAGGAGAGAAGAAAUUCUGUGAUGGUAGAACCUGUACAUGUAAACCUUUAGACUAUUGCAAAAGUGGUGAUGCAGAUUGUGGACACAAAACAUGCGACGUUUCCGUGGGGGAAGUGAGUAUAUGCGGGAACAACACCUGUCAAUGUCUAGCUAUUCCAGACUUCUGUGGAGGCAGUGACACAUCCACCUGUAGACACCUCAAAUGUAAUCAUUACCAAGUGAAAGUAUGUGACAACGGAAUGUGUAAAUGUAAACUCAAUCCAGCCUGUGAUUCAAACCUAGGCUUGAAUCACACAUGUACUUCUGAAAACACAGUACUAGAAAUGAAAAUCAAUGGUACAAAACGAUAUAAGAACUGCACAGAUGAUAACCUUUUUCCCAUUUGUGUUGACGGACGUUGUCAGUGUAUAUUUUGGGAGACACCAUCUCCCCCAUCGUCAACGACAGUCUCUUCAACUGACAUGAGUGCACAAUGCAACACCAGACAUGACUGUAACCAGGAUAAUACGUUUAGGAUUUUUCACAACCUCCGUAUGCCCUGUCCACCGGAUCACAUGGAGUGUUUUAGAGGAAAAUGCUUUUGUUCCAAAGAAAGGGUGACGACCAUGACGGUAUUGAGAACAGAUGGAACAGCAUUAUCGUCAACACAGUCAUCACAGAAACCAGUAACACAAACAAGUACAACAACUCUCCCAACAACAACAGCAGCAGCUGCCUGCACCUCCAGAGAUAACUGUAACCAGGGCAAUACGUUUAUGGUGUUUCCUGGCUGGAAAAUGCCGUGCCCAGUCGAUCACAUUGAUUGCUAUCAAAAUAAAUGCUUCUGCUCUCCAGAUAGGGUUACGACAACAGAACUGCCAACAACUACAACAACAACGACUUCAAUUCCAACAACACAGAUAUCAAUUCCAACGACAAAGACUUCAGUAUCAACAACAAAGACAUCAAUCCCAACUACAAAAACAUCAACCACAACUAAGGUAACAACAACUCAGAGGGCAACAGAAACAACACAUAGAAUACCGGCUACAACAGUUUCGUCAGCAAUAGUUACUAUGACUCAACCAGUCUCUGGCAUCCAGUGCCCCACUUGUGAUGAAGAUUUGAACUGUGUUUGGAAGCAGACAUGUUAUCCCGAGGAAGUUUGUAUGAUAAGAAAUUAUCCAGGAGCAAACUUUACAACGCAUUGUUCAAGGAAAGAAGAUUGUCUUUUCAUAAAAAAUUUGGGAGCAGGUGAAAUCUGGUGUUGUAGAGAUCGCGAUUGUAUUAAAAACUAUUUGGGAAUAUAACUCGAGGCCAUUUGUUGUACGAAUGUCCUUUUCGCCAGAAGAUUCUAAUGAAAAUGUAAAAGUUGAUUUAUGAUAAUUCAUA